UGACAACUCGGGUGCGUCCAAGCUUCACAGCAGUACAUUGUGGUGUUUAGUGCUGUCUGUUCAUAAAGCAAUGUGCUAGCAGCUGGGGCACAUCCGUUAAGGGCGACAUAUUUGGCCAUGCGGCCGACGAGAAGAAGCCGCUGGCUUACCAGGAAUAAACAGCAAACACUACCCUUUGCAACGGUUGUUCUUCUGCUUGUUGCAUUGGCGAGAAGUAAUGCAGCUACCUCAGUUUGGUUGCGCAGUGGUGUCGUGAGUUUGAGCAAACCAUCGGACUAUGCUACUGUGGCAGCGGCUGACUUCAGCGACCCUACCACCAAGGCGGUCGAUGCAACUGGGCGAAGGCUGUUUCUGCUGAAAUAUGCAGAAGGCACGGGCCACGCCCUGGGUGAAGACCUGACCUCCCAGGGAGCUACCGUGGUGUCGUACAUCCCGGAUGAUACGCUGCUGGUGUUUGCUAAGCCCGUAACCGCAAAAGCCGUUGCCCAGCGCCGCAAUGCGCUCAUGGCAGAGUAUGCGGCGGACUACAAGCUUGCACCCGAGAUGUCUCACUUCUUCGAUGCAUCGAGCUUAGCCGCCCGGCGCCGCCGCCUGCAACACCGCAGGAGUGCGCUUGCGGAAACCGGCGGCAGUGCCGGUAGCCGCGCCAUCCCUGUCAGCAACUACAACAAUACCACCGGCGGUGACCAGCAGCCGCCGAUCUCCGAGGCGGUGUUGGGGCACAUGCAGACGUGGCGCAUGCAUCAGCAAGAGCAGCUCCCUUGGCUUCAAAGCAGCCGCAACGGAGGCAACCAUCGCAGCAAUGAAACCGCUUCUGUGAAGCGCGCUCACACGUACCGCAGGCACCUUGCUGACAAGGCGGAUGCUCCCCAACCUGAACUGUAUGCGAUCGAGGCCCACAUGGUUUCUGGGUUGUCCGAGGCGGCUUUGGGGACUGCGUACGACACAUGGCCUGCAGCGCUGGCGUCAGCACUGGGUCGUACAAGUGCCGAAGAUCCGUGCUACCCACAAGCCUUGGAUUACGCGUUGUACAGGGAAACGGACGGAUGGCUUCAGGUCUACCUUUGCAAAGAGGACCUGGAGGAUGGCUCGCUGUGGCUGUCUAGCCAGUCAACCGUGGUGUGGAUCGCGCCUGUGCUGAAAAAGGUGCCCAUGAACGUCUACGCAGGCUGGACGGUGCAGACUGGGGACAUGAGCACCUCUCGAUACAAAAACCUCAGCACCCUCACUAGUGAGACCCGACCCUAUUGGAAGGCCGGUCUCCAGGGCGAGAACAUCAUCGUCGGGGUGGGCGACACCGGCUUGGAACUCGCCCACUGCUACUUCAUCGAUGACAAGUACGGCAACCCCCAAACCCUCAAGUCCAUGCUUGCCCAGGCCAGCGCCUAUGCACUGUACCGCUUCUCCCUCUCCGACCACCGGAAACUCGUGCAGUAUGGUGUUUCAGGUGAUCCCAGCUACUUUGGGGACUACGCAUCGGGCCACGGCACUCAUGUGUGCGGCACCGUUGCGGGAGCCAUCAUGACGGGGAGUAGCACGUACAAGACCGACGUGGGAACGGGCGCCGCGCCCUUUGCAAAGAUUAGCUUCAUGGACUUUUCCGUGGGCUCGAGCUUGAGUGUCCCGCCUAUAGACACGUCCUACCUUCCGUAUCACUAUUCGGGAGGCGCUCGUAUUACUUCUGAAAGCUGGGGAUCAGUCGGGGCAGCUGGAACGGCGUACGAAUCACAGGCACGUGGAUUCGACCUUUACAGUUGGCGGAAUCCGCAGCUUCUCAGCAUCGUCGCAGCAGCCAACACUGGUGCAAAUGGCAAGAUGACAACUGUUUCUGCACCGUCCGUCGCAAAGAACGUCUUGACUGUGGGAGCUUCCAUGAACCACCCGAAAGAGAUCAGCAAUGGUGACCAAUACGCAUUCUUGUUCAGAUAUCGAGACCGGACGUCGACACUACAGGAGUCCGGGUUCUGGCCUUUCGGCGGUUCAGAUUUCUCCACCUGGAACACCCUAUUGCGAAACGUGGAGAAACGGGCCGUGCUUGCCACUCCAAGAGGCGCCUGUAGCACACUUGACAGCAGCAGCACCUCCUACACCAGUGCCAUCGUCAUCAUUGAUUUGGGUGACUCUUCUUGCAGCUAUAACGACAGGCUUGCGAGUGCCUCUGCCGCUGGAGCUUCGGCGGUCCUGCUCAUAAGGCCCGAUGGCCUGUUUUAUGAUGAGGCAUUGCCAACUUCCAUAACAACAUCUCCCAUUACGUAUGCGAUUGUGACCAAGGGUUAUGGCCAGUGGAUUACGAGCAUCCUGUCGGAUUCAUCUAACACCGGGGCCGUCAUGACGUUCCUGCUCUACCCUUCUGUAAGCUAUGGAAUCGACAGCAUUGCCUACUUCUCGAGCUACGGGCCCUUAUCCGACGGUCGCAUCAAGCCCGACAUCGUGGCCCCGGGCCAAUCUCUGUGGUCGGCAGAUGCAACCGGAGACCUGAGCAGCGCUACGAGCUCGACUUGCUCGGCAGGUACCUCGUCUAAGCAGGGAACAUCCAUGGCGACACCCACGAUGUCUGGGCAUGUAGCUUUAAUGCGGCAGUAUUUUAGGGAUGGGUUUUACCCAGCUGGGGACAAGACUGCAAUGAAUGCCGCUAGCUUUGAGCCGUCUGGAAUGCUUCUCAAGGCAACCGCCAUUGCAGGCGCAAAGUCGCUACAGGGAGGCAUUGCCAGGUCGGCUGGGACCGUGAUGGGUGCAGCACCUGAUGGUUUCCAGGGAUGGGGUCGUGCAGACCUCAGCAGUGCCCUGCCGCUGCCCGGCCUGACGGCCUCCAACUUUCGGCUCCAAGUGGCUGACAUGGGCACCAUCAAGCAGGGGGACGUCAUUUACCUCAAGGGCUUGCGAGCCACUGGCACGGGACCCAUCAUGGCAACCCUCGUUUGGUACGACUACCCUGCGGCAUAUCCGGCAAGCAAGGCAUUGGUUAACGACCUCGACUUGAGCUACAUGGUCAACCAACAGGCUGCUACGACUACCCGUGACGAUCACAUCAACACCGUGGAGCGUGCAGAAAUCCGGAACCUGCAAGCGGGUGACACUGUGACGUUGGUGGUCAAAGGCACAAGCAUCGUGCACGACAUCACCUACUCUGGUUCAGAUGCACAACUGCCACAACGCUGGGCGGUUGCCGUAGUAGGCCACUUCGUUGGGACGUUGAUGACACAACUUAACCCGGCCUACGUGCGCCCACAGCGUCUGCUGCCAUUUGUGCAGAACACGGUUACAGCUCAAGAUUACUCGAUCGGACUCUCUGGUGGUGCAUGUAUCAGUUUGCAGGACACGUCCCUGGUUGCCUCCACCAGCUGCUCGCUCACAAACAUCAACACUUUUACAUUGGUUGAAGAGACAGGUGUUAUAGCAAAUGGUGGUGGCUACGUCUACCUGGUGAAGGACUACAUGGGCAGGUGCCUCACGCUUAGCGGGGGAACCCUGGUGAUUGCGACCUGCACAACCAGCAGCAGCCAACGAAUGGGCUUCUUUAAAAACCCUUACACUACUUCAGGGACCAUCUACCAGUUUGUUCCUGUGCCCCUCCUCGGCACUGGAAGUGAUGACCGGCAAUGCUUGUCACUGUCUGGCAGCACCCUUGUGUUUGCUGCGUGCAAUGCGGAUGACACAAAUCAAGCGGUCUCCCUCUACACAACGGCUUCACUACGACCUCCAUGGCCGCCGUCACCCUUCAGUCCCCCACCUAGUCCCCAGCCGCUACCACCACCUAGCCCCCCAGCUAUGCCAUGGCUCCGCUUUUACAUCGAGUGGACUGCUGCUGGAAGUUCCAACCCAGGAUCACUCGACGUUGACAUAUACGUUGCAUGGAGUUACGCUAACACAGGCUACGUUGUGGACUACCAGCAUCCAAACGUUCAUGGCGGCUCCUAUGAGGGUGACAAUACUGCUAAUGGAAACGUCAAUCAUGAGGCUGUUCAAUGGAACACCUUAGCUGUACCUCCUGAUGCAGCAGCGUACAAUGUUUGUGCAAAGUUUUACUUGCUAAACCCCACCUAUACCAUAACACUCACCGUCUACAUGAGCUCAAACGCUGUUUUUAAGACUUCAGCUAUCUGGACACCAACAUCAGCAACACCAUCCUCGUGCACUAAGGACUCGUUCGGGUAUGUGGGUUCUUUCACAUAUCCGCCAGCAGCCACAGUGGUCCCGCCCUCACCACCACCCUCGCCACCGCCCUCACCACCGCCCUCGCCACCACCCUCCCCACCGCCCUCACCACCACCCUCGCCACCGCCCUCACCACCACCCUCACCACCGCCCUCACCACCACCCUCGCCACCGCCCUCACCACCGCCCUCACCACCCCCCUCACCACCGCCCUCACCACCGCCCUCACCACCGCCCUCACCACCACCCUCACCACCGCCUUCACCACCGCCCUCGCCACCACCUUCACCACCGCCUUCACCCCCGCCAUCGCCCCCGCCAUCGCCACCACCCUUGCCACCGCCCUUACCACCACCCUCACCACCGCCCUCACCACCACCCUCGCCACCACCUGCACCACCGCCUUCACCCCCGCCAACGCCCCCGUCCUUGCCUCCACCCUCGCCCCCAGCAUUGCCUCCUCCCUUGCCCCCGCCAUCGCCACCACCCUCGCCACCGCCCUUACCACCACCCUCACCACCGCCCUCACCGCCGCCCACACCACCCCCCUUGCCGCCACCUUCACCACCGCCUUCACCCCCGCCAACGCCCCCGUCCUUGCCUCCGCCAUCGCCCCCAGCCUUGCCUCCUCCCUCGCCCCCGCCAUCGCCACCACCCUCACCACCGCCCUCACCACCGCCCUCACCACCACCCUCACUACCACCCUCACCACCGCCCUCACCGCCGCCCACACCACCGCCCUCGCCGCCACCUUCACCACCGCCUUCACCCCCGCCAACGCCCCCGUCCUUGCCUCCGCCAUCGCCCCCAGCCUUGCCUCCUCCCUCGCCCCCGCCAUCGCAACCACCCUCACCACCACCCUCGCCACCGCCCUCACCACCACCCUCACCACCGCCCUCACCGCCGCCCACACCACCGCCCUCGCCACCACCUUCACCACCGCCUUCACCCCUGCCAACGCCCCCAUCCUUGCCUCCACCCUCGCCCCCGGCCUUCCCUCCACCAUCGCCACCCGCCUUACCACCUCCAUCGCCCCCGGCCUUGCCUCCACCAUCACCCCCCGCCUUGCCUCCUCCAUCUCCCCCAGCCUUGCCUCCUCCUUCGCCCCCGGCCUUCCCUCCGCCAUCACCCCCCGCCUUGCCACCGCCAUCUCCCCCAGCCUUGCCUCCUCCAUCGCCCCCCGCCUUGCCUCCACCAUCGCCCCCGGCCUUGCCUCCUCCGUUUCCCCCGGCCUUCCCUCCGCCAUCACCCCCCGCCUUGCCACCGCCAUCUCCCCCAGCCUUGCCUCCACCAUCGCCCCCCGCGUUGCCUCCACCAUCACCCCCGGCCUUGCCUCCACCAUCGCCCCCGGCCUUGCCUCCUCCAUCUCCCCCAGCCUUGCCUCCACCCUCGCCCCCGGCCUUGCCUCCUCCAUCGCCACCCACCAUGCCUCCACCAUCACCCCCGGCCUUGCCUCCGCCAUUGCCCCCUGCCUUGCCUCCGCCAUCGCCCCCGCCAUCGCCACCACCCUCGCCACCGCCCUUGCCACCGCCCUCGCCACCGCCCUCACCAGCACCCUCACCACCACCCUCACCACCGCCCUCACUGCCGCCCACACCACCGCCCUCGCCACCACCUUCACCACCGCCUUCACCCCCGCCAACGCCCCCUGCCUUGCCUCCUCCAUCGCCCCCAGCCUUGCCACCGCCAUCACCCCCUGCCUUGCCUCCUCCAUCUCCCCCAGCCUUGCCUCCUCCAUCGCCCCCAGCCUUGCCUCCGCCAUCACCCCCUGCCUUGCCUCCUCCAUCUCCCCCAGCCUUGCCUCCACCCUCGCCCCCGGCCUUGCCUCCUCCAUCGCCCCCGGCCUUGCCUCCUCCAUCGCCACCCUCCUUACCACCUCCAUCGCCCCCCGACUUGCCUCCUCCAUCGCCCCCCGCCUUGCCUCCACCAUCGCCCCCUGCCUUGCCACCGCCAUCACCCCCUGCCUUGCCUCCUCCAUCUCCCCCAGCCUUGCCUCCUCCAUCGCCCCCUGCCUUGCCUCCGCCAUCGCCCCCGGCCUUGCCUCCUCCAUCUCCCCCGGCCUUGCCUCCACCCUCGCCCCCGGCCUUGCCUCCUCCAUCGCCACCCGCCUUACCACCUCCAUCGCCCCCGGCCUUGCCUCCUCCAUCGCCACCCGCCUUACCACCUCCAUCGCCCCCGGCCUUGCCACCGCCAUCACCCCCUGCCUUGCCUCCUCCAUCUCCCCCAGCCUUGCCUCCGCCAUCGCCCCCUGCCUUGCCUCCUCCAUCUCCCCCAGCCUUGCCUCCACCCUCGCCCCCAGCCUUGCCUCCACCCUCGCCCCCGGCCUUGCCUCCUCCAUCGCCACCCGCCUUACCACCUCCAUCGCCCCCGGCCUUGCCUCCUCCAUCGCCACCCUCCUUACCACCUCCAACGCCCCCGGCCUUGCCUCCGCCAUCGCCCCCUGCCUUGCCUCCUCCAUCUCCCCCAGCCUUGCCUCCACCCUCGCCCCCGGCCUUGCCUCCUCCAUCGCCACCCGCCCUACCACCUCCAUCGCCCCCGGCCUUGCCUCCUCCAUCGCCACCCGCCUUACCACCUCCAUCGCCCCCUGCCUUUCCUCCUCCAUCGCCACCCGCCUUGCCUCCACCAUCGCCCCCUGCCUUGCCACCGCCAUCACCCCCUGCCUUUCCUCCUCCAUCUCCCCCAGCCUUGCCUCCUCCAUCGCCCCCCGCCUUGCCUCCGCCAUCACCCCCAGCCUUGCCUCCACCCUCGCCCCCGGCCUUGCCUCCUCCAUCGCCACCCGCCUUACCACCUCCAUCGCCCCCGGCCUUGCCUCCUCCAUCGCCACCCGCCUUACCACCUCCAUCGCCCCCGGCCUUGCCUCCUCCAUCGCCCCCCGCCUUACCACCUCCAUCGCCCCCCACCUUGCCUCCACCAUCGCCCCCGGCCUUGCCUCCGCCAUCGCCCCCUGCCUUGCCUCCUCCAUCUCCCCCAGCCUUGCCUCCACCCUCGCCCCCGGCCUUGCCUCCUCCAUCGCCACCCGCCUUACCACCUCCAUCGCCCCCGGCCUUGCCUCCUCCAUCGCCACCCGCCUUGCCUCCACCAUCGCCCCCUGCCUUGCCACCGCCAUCACCCCCUGCCUUUCCUCCUCCAUCUCCCCCAGCCUUGCCUCCUCCAUCGCCCCCCGCCUUGCCUCCGCCAUCACCCCCAGCCUUGCCUCCACCCUCGCCCCCGGCCUUGCCUCCUCCAUCGCCCCCGGCCUUACCACCUCCAUCGCCCCCGGCCUUGCCUCCUCCAUCGCCACCCGCCUUACCACCUCCAUCGCCCCCGGCCUUGCCUCCUCCAUCGCCACCCGCCUUACCACCUCCAUCGCCCCCGGCCUUGCCUCCUUCAUCGCCACCCGCCUUACCACCUCCAUCGCCCCCCACCUUGCCUCCUCCAUCGCCCCCCGCCUUGCCUCCACCAUCGCCCCCUGCCUUGCCACCGCCAUCAUCCCCUGCCUUGCCUCCUCCAUCUCCCCCAGCCUUGCCUCCUCCAUCGCCCUCAGCCUUGCCAUCGCCCCCUGCCUUGCCUCCUCCAUCUCCCCCAGCCUUGCCUCCACCCUCGCCCCCGGCCAUGCCUCCUCCAUCGCCACCCGCCUUACCACCUCCAUCGCCCCCGGCCUUGCCUCCUCCAUCGCCACCCGCCUUGCCUCCACCGUCUCCCCCGGCCUUGCCUCCACCAUCGCCCCCCGCCUUGCCUCCUCCAUCUCCCCCAGCCUUGCCUCCUCCAUCUCCCCCAGCCUUGCCUCCUCCAUCGCCCCCGGCCUUGCCUCCGCCAUCGCCCCCUGCCUUGCCUCCUCCAUCUCCCCCAGCCUUGCCUCCACCCUCGCCCCCGGCCUUGCCUCCUCCAUCGCCACCCGCCUUACCACCUCCAUCGCCCCCGGCCUUGCCUCCUCCAUCGCCACCCGCCUUACCACCUCCAUCGCCCCCGGCCUUGCCUCCUCCAUCGCCACCCGCCUUGCCUCCACCAUCGCCCCCUGCCUUGCCACCGCCAUCACCCCCUGCCUUUCCUCCACCCUCGCCCCCGGCCUUGCCUCCUCCAUCGCCACCCGCCUUACCACCUCCAUCGCCCCCGGCCUUGCCUUCUCCAUCGCCACCCGCCUUACCACCUCCAUCGCCCCCGGCCUUGCCUCCUCCAUCGCCACCCGCCUUGCCUCCACCAUCGCCCCCCGCCUUGCCUGCACCGUCUCCCCCGGCCUUGCCUCCACCAUCGCCCCCCGCCUUGCCUCCUCCAUCUCCCCCAGCCUUGCCUCCUCCAUCGCCCCCAGCCUUGCCUCCUCCAUCGCCCCCUGCCUUGCCUCCACCAUCGCCCCCCGCCUUGCCUCCUCCAUCGCCCCCAGCCUUGCCUCCUCCAUCGCCCCCGGCCUUGCCUCCUCCAUCGCCCCCAGCCUUGCCUCCUCCAUCGCCCCCCGCCUUGCCUCCACCAUCGCCCCCCGCCUUGCCUCCUCCAUCUCCCCCAGCCUUGCCUCCUCCAUCGCCCCCGGCCUUGCCUCCUCCAUCGCCCCCAGCCUUGCCUCCUCCAUCUCCCCCCGCCUUGCCUCCACCAUCGCCCCCGCCCUUGCCUCCACCAUCGCCCCCGGCCUUGCCUCCGCCAUCGCCCCCGGCCUUGCCUCCUCCAUCUCCCCCAGCCUUGCCUCCACCCUCGCCCCCGGCCUUGCCUCCUCCAUCGCCCCCGGCCUUGCCUCCGCCAUCGCCCACGGCCUUGCCUCCUCCAUCGCCACCCGCCUUACCACCUCCAUCGCCCCCCGCCUUGCCUCCUCCAUCGCCCCCCGCCUUGCCUCCACCAUCGCCCCCUGCCUUGCCACCGCCAUCACCCCCUGCCUUGCCUCCUCCAUCUCCCCCAGCCUUGCCUCCACCCUCGCCCCCGGCCUUGCCUCCUCCAUCGCCCCCCGCCUUACCACCUCCAUCGCCCCCGGCCUUGCCUCCUCCAUCGCCACCCGCCUUACCACCUCCAUCGCCCCCAGCCUUGCCACCGCCAUCACCCCCUGCCUUGCCUCCUCCAUCGCCCCCGGCCUUGCCUCCACCAUCUCCCCCGCCCUUGCCUCCACCAUCGCCCCCCGCCUUGCCUCCUCCAUCUCCCCCAGCCUUGCCUCCUCCAUCGCCCCCGGCCUUGCCUCCUCCAUCUCCCCCCGCCUUGCCUCCACCAUCGCCCCCGCCCUUGCCUCCACCAUCGCCCCCCGCCUUGCCUCCUCCAUCUCCCCCAGCCUUGCCUCCUCCAUCGCCAGCGGCCUUGCCUCCACCAUCACCCCCAACCUUGCCUCCGCCAUCGCCCCCGGCCUUGCCUCCGCCAUCGCCCCCCGCCUUGCCUCCGCCAUCUCCCCCAGCCUUGCCUCCACCCUCGCCCCCGGCCUUGCCUCCGCCAUCGCCCGCGGCCUUGCCUCCACCAUCACCCCCCGCAUUGCUUCCGCCAUCGCCCCCAGCCUUGCCUCCUCCGUCGCCCCCGCUGCGUCCAUCACCUCCACAACCUCCUGUACUGGGUACUCCGCCACCUCCAUUCCCUUCGUCCUCAUCUCCGCCCCCUCCAUCGCCUCCACCACCUUCCCCGUCACCUACAUCACAGCCCCCUCCAUCUCCUCCGCCACCUUCCCCGUCACCUCCAUCUCCGCCCCCUCCAUCGCCUCCGCUACCUUCCCCGUCACCUCCAUCCCCGCCCCCUCCAUCGCCUCCACCACCUUCCCCGUCACCUCCAUCCCCGCCCCAUCCAUCUCCCCCGCCACCUUCCCCGUCACCUCCAUCCCCGCCCCCUCCAUCGCCUCCACCACCUUCCCCAUCACCUCCAUCCCCGCCCCCUCCAUCGCCUCAACCACCUUCCCCGUCACCUCCGUCUCCACCACCUCCAUCGCCUCCACCACCUUCCCCGUCACCUCCGUCUCCACCACCUCCAUCGCCUCCACCACCUUCCCCGUCACCUCCGUCAAUUCCAUCCCCGUUGCUGCCGUCACCGGAGCCAUCUCCCGAGCCACCAUCACCGCCACCACCAUCUCCAGAUCCCCCUGGAGGCCGGUCUCCAUCUCCGCCCCCGGACCCUCCCUCGCCUCCUUCGCCCGCACCACCAGGGAUGCCCAGGCCCCCUCGCCGUCCAAAGCCACCACCUCCCAACCCACUGCCACCCAACCUGCCACCAGAGUCCCCUAACCCCCCACCAUCUCCCCGCCCGCCCCCGCCAGCGGAACCAAAUGCACCGGGUUUGCCGCCCCUAGCGCCAUCUCCUCCUCCUCCACCCAGCCCCUUUCCUUCGCCGCCCUCACCGCCUCCCAGCCCGCCCCCGCUGCCCCCUGGUCUGGCGGAGGUCCAGGAGCACCUCACCGUUGUUCCCUCUACUGCUGCCAUUGAGAAGGCUGGCGGAGUUGAUGCGUACGUGGCUGGUAGCAAGAAGACAGUUGCUGACGCGUAUGGCACCACGCCAGACAACGUCGUGGCCAUGUACGACGGCAAGACCGCUCGCCGCCGCAGCCUGGUUGACCUGGACGUUACAUCUGCCAACCGGGUGACCCAGCUCAAGUCCCAGCUGCAGCUGCAGGACGCCUACAUCGUCAGCACAACGCCGUACGACCUGGAGCGAGAAGUGCAGGCUAAGAUGGAUGAGCCGGCGGCAAUUGAGGAAUACCGUCGAGUGCUGGCGACCUCUACCUCUGCUGCGCCUGCGAUUGCUUUCCUCGUCCGCCUGACGAUUGAGGUGUCGCUGCCUCCCUCACCACCGCCCUCACCGCCGAUGAGCCCCGGCAAGAAGGCGCCACCGAAUUCACCGAACCGCCCUCCAACCCGCCCGAACAUUCCACCACGUCCGCCUCCGGUGAACCUCACCGCUUUAGCUGCUGCUACUGGUGCGGAGAGCGCUCUGGACCAUUUCCUGCCACCACCCUCCCCACCACCGCCGGUUCCUCCCAGCCCGCCGGGUCUGCCCCCGUCUCCUCCCCCUUCGCCUAGACCUCCUCGGCCCCCUCGUCCCCCCGGCCCUCCGACCCCGCCCUCGCCGCCACCCCCACCACCGCCUUCGCCCCGCCCACCUCGCCCGCCACCGCCGCCUGGCGCUCCUCUGGCGCCUGAAAACCCGUCGUCUCCGUCUUCCCCAUCACCACCGCCUCCGGUUAAGCCGCCCACCUUUGUCAAGGUCCUAAACAUGUCUGCUCAGGGAACCUAUGGCAAGAACGGGAAGUUGGUCUGGUACGGCACCCCUGAGUUCGCAAAGCAGCUCAAACCGUAUAUAGCCCUGCAACUGAUCGACGUGAAUAAGACCCCGUGCCCUGUUGCUUGCCGUCCGUGUUCCGAGUCGUGGAAGUCAACCCCCGUCAACAGCAGCUUCGUCCUCUACUUUGCUGAGCCGAUGCAGAUCUCAAAGGUUUACAUCAAGGAAAUAAAAAAUGCUGGCAUUGCCAAGGUCCAACUUCUUAACUGGGUGUACUCUCCCAGCGGCAACGUUAGCACCAUCCCGGGCCGGGUGAUUUACAACACCACGGAGGUGGGCGGGGCGUGCCAAUCAAUUCUUCCCAUCUCCAUCGGCCCCAAGAAGAGCGGCAUUAAUCUGGCAGUGCCACGCUCCGGAAGCCAAGAGAACAUGCCGGCGCCUCUCGUGAAGACGGCGAUUGGCGGCAUCAUCAUUUCCACCCAGAGGCCUGCCAAAGCCAGCUACAACUACGGCCCAUUCGUUGAGUAUGUCAAGUUUACCGGUCGUGUGUUGUACCCGAAGAGCGUGGAGCCCUACAAUUACGCGAUGAAGAAGAAGUAAUAUCUCACCGCAAUCAAGCUAGCACUGUAGAAAUGCUUUGCGUGCACCAUGUUUUCCUGCUGGUGGAACUCGCAGGCUUUAUGUGUGGUUUUUGUGUGGUUUGAAUCGUUGUCCCUCUAUCUAUCUUGUAGGACAAGUGCAGGCUGCCUGUAAGCGGCGAAAUGCCCAAUGACUAGCUGUAGCUCACCACUCGGUUUUGUCAAACACACAGUUUGUGUAUCAAGUUCGGGGCAACACCUUGCUAUUGAUACGUGCGUUACAUGAGGCACUGGCUAGCAUUACUGGCUGAUUAUGUACUCUGUGACGUAAGUCCGCAGUAAAGGGCCUUGAAACCCAACGUCCGCCUUUAUGGAAUACUGACAACAGAACAGAAGUGGGCAUUUACCCAAAUAGGAUGUACGGCGGCGAUGUACGACAAAUGGCAAAACUCAACGAGAGCCAAGCUAGGCUAAUGUAACGGCUCCCAUACUCUGACGCAGCUUGAGGACCGGUCUGUUCAGAGAUCGUGAGUGAUCGUGAUCGUGAUCGUGAUGUCCAGGUGCAUGGAAUGGCAAGCUUGGCCACGUCAUGUGAACCGUGCGUGUUCUUAGUAUCAAUGCCGCUUGCUUGUGCAUGCUGUUAAUGCAAUGCCUCGUAUUGAUUAUUUGUUGCGGGCUCCCCCAGCCGGGGCGUCCUCCUCCGUAUUUUUGGGCCAAGGAGGGAUAUCCGUAUGUCCUCAGUCGGUAUAAGGGUUGUGUGAGGUCAACGCCCGUGUGUUUUACCAAUGUGCGUAAGAUAGGCGCGUCUACCCUGUCCCACGCAUGUUGUAAUAAGGUUGUGCAAAA